GGGCUGGCCGGGACCCUCUGGCGGGCGCGGGGCUGGCUGCCGGGGUCUGGAAGGAGACGCUCAUUGCUGGGAGCCACUGUGUCCUGGCAGCUUUCUGCCAGGUGCCAGGUGCCCCGCCUGACAGGAGCCAGCAGCCGCCCGGAGAUCUGGAAACAGCAUGUACACACCCAUCCCCCAGAGCAGCUCUCCAUUCUCGACGUCAGUGCAGGACCCCGGCCUGUACGUAUGGCGGGUGGAGAAGAUGAAGCCGGUGCCCGUGGCCCGUGAGAACCAGGGCGUUUUCUUCUCGGGGGACUCCUACCUGGUGCUGUACAAUGGCACGGAGGAGUUCUCCCACCUGCACCUGUGGAUAGGCCAGCAGUCCUCGCGGGACGAGCAGGGAGCCUGCGCGGUGCUGGCCGUGCACCUCAACACCCUGCUGGGGGAGCGGCCGGUGCAGCACCGCGAGGUGCAGGGCAACGAGUCCGACCUCUUCAUGAGCUACUUCCCGCGGGGCCUCAAGUACCAGGAAGGCGGCGUGGAGUCAGCGUUUCACAAGAUCUCCGCAGAGGCCACCCCGGAGGCCGUCAGGAAGCUCUACCAGGUGAAGGGGAAGAAGAAUAUCCGCGCCACGGAGCGGGCGCUGAGCUGGGACAGCUUCAACACCGGGGACUGCUUCAUCCUGGACCUGGGCCAGAACAUCUUCGCCUGGUGCGGUGCCAAAUCCAACAUCCUGGAGCGCAACAAGGCGCGGGACCUGGCCUUGGCCAUCCGGGACAGCGAGCGGCAGGGCAAGGCCCAGGUGGAGAUCGUCACCGAUGGGGAGGAGCCUGCCGAGAUGAUCCAGGUCCUGGGCUCCAAGCCUGCUCUGAAGGAGGGCAACCCUGAGGAAGACCUCACAGCUGACCAGACGAAUGCCCACGCUGCGGCUCUGUAUAAGGUCUCUGACGCCACUGGACAGAUGCACCUGACCAAGGUGGCCGACUCCAGCCCCUUUGCCGUCGAGUUGCUGAUACCUGAUGACUGCUUUGUGCUGGACAACGGGCUCUGCGGCAAGAUCUACAUCUGGAAGGGGCGAAAAGCUAAUGAGAAGGAGCGGCAGGCGGCCCUCCGAGUGGCCGAGGACUUCAUCUCCCGCAUGCGGUACGCCCCAAACACGCAGGUGGAGAUCCUGCCCCAGGGCCGUGAGAGUCUCAUCUUCAAGCAAUUCUUCAAGAACUGGAAGUGAGAGGGCCAUCUCGCUGUGCACACCCACUGCCUGCUUGCUCUUCCUCCUGCCGCCUGGUCAGUCCGAGGUGCCCCCGCGAGGUGUUCAAUAAAAGAGACCAGUGCUUCCCC